UUCAGAGGCUAAACGGGCUACUGCCACUAUGGUGUUAAGAGAACUACUGCCGGACUGGUUGAACGGUUGAACCAUAAACGGGCGGCGUUGUUACAGCGUCUGCCAUUUUGAUUACAAGUACCUUGCGCGCAAUAGAUGGUGUCAACUGGCUCUUCAGGAUAUAUAGUAGUUCUUUAAAUCAAAGCUACAAUCUUGUAGGCAAAAUGCUCUCAGCAGCCCAGUUACUCGAUGAGUUGAUGGGCCGAGAUAGAAAUUUAGCCCCUGAUGAGAAGCGAUGCAACGUGCGAUGGGACGACGAAAGCAAGGUCUGUCGGUACUAUCUGUGUGGCUUCUGCCCAGCUGAGCUAUUCACAAACACCCGCUCUGACUUGGGCCCCUGUGAGAAGAUCCAUGAUGAGAAUCUCCGAAUAACGUAUGAGAAAAGCUCUCGGUUCAUGAAGGAGGGCUAUGAGCGGGACUUCCUGCGCUAUUUGCAGUCACUCCUGGCAGAGGUGGAACGGCGGAUUCGUAGAGGGCAUGCCCGACUUGCACUUUCCCAGGCUCAGCAGAAUGCAGGGGGUCCUGGUCCAUCAGGAAAGAAUGAGGAGAAGGUCCAGGUUCUAACCGAGAAGAUUGAAGACCUAGUUUUACAGAUUGAGGAGCUGGGUUCGGAGGGCAGAGUGGAGGAGGCCCAGGGAAUGAUGAAGCUGGUGGAGCAGCUGAAGGAAGAAAGGGAGCUGCUGAGCUCCACCCCCUCGACCAUCGAGAGCUUUGCGGCCCAGGAGAAACAGAUGGAGGUGUGUGAGGUGUGUGGGGCCUUCCUCAUUGUGGGCGACGCACAGUCCCGAGUGGACGACCACUUGAUGGGCAAGCAACACAUGGGCUACGCCAAGAUUAAAUCCACUGUGGAGGAGCUCAAGGAGAAACUACGUCGUCGCUCAGAGGACCCUCAAGGUGAAAGCCCAGCGCUUAAGAAGGAUCGAGAAGACCGCGAGCGUGAGAGGGAGGAAAGGGAGAAAAAGCGCAAAGAGGAGGAAGAGAAAGAGAAGGAGAGGGAGAAGGAGCGUGAAAAGGAGAGGGAACGAGAGAGAGAGCGGGAGCGCGAGAAGGAGAGAGACCGAGAACGGGAUAGAGACAGAGAUCGAGACAGAGAUCGAGACCGAGACAGGGACCGGAGGGCACGCCGAAGCAACUCUACCAGUCGCCACUCCAGUCGAGCAUCAGACAGGAAGAGGAGCAGAUCCCGAGAUCGCCGGAGGUCCAGGAGCAGAGACAAGGACAGGGAGAGGGAACGCAAACGCAGCAGGAGCCGUGACAGGGACAGGGAGAGGGAGAGGAAGCGCAGCCGUGAGCGAUCUGACAGAAAGCGUCGCUCCCGCAGUCGUGACAAGAGGAGGUCGCGCAGCUCAGAGCGCAAAUCUCACCGCCAUCGCAGCCGCAGCAAGGACCGGGACCGAGAGGAGAAGAGAGACAAGGACAGAGAGCGGUCAUCGAAAGACAAAGACCGUAAGGUAACGGAGGAGAGGAGCAGCUCUAAGAAAGACAAACACUCUGACGGCGAUGCAACUGCCAUCAAGGCUUCGUCAGAAGCGGAACCGAUGGAGACAGAGGCGGCUGCCUCUGCCUCCCCUCUGCUUAACGGCCAGCAAGAGCUCCUCCAUUCUGAAGGUGACACUCAGUCCAAUUAAAACUGAUCUGAUAGGACCUCAGAUCAGACUCAGGGGAAGCUGGGAUAUCUGGUGGAGGAAGAAGUGGAAGAGCGCACCCAUCCUUUACCUGAACCUGACACGUCGCUUAAAAACAAGGUGAACCACAAGUGUGUAGUGGCUUAUUUAAAAACAUGAACCUAACGUGUGUAAAUGAGGGGAGAGGGGAAAAAGAAAUUUACAUUGAUUUUCAUGUUCCAUCGCCUGUCUAUCUUUUGGCUGGAUGAGGGUAGUUUGUGGUUCAUCUGAUGUAUUUCUUGGUCUAGAUGUGGGUCAGGCAUCACUUUGAAUACCAAACAUUGAGAAGUUAAUUAUGGGGUUUUAUUUAGAAAAUCUUUACCCAUCCUCCUUGUUUUUUGGCAUUUAGUAAAAAAUAAAAUACAAAAAAAAGUGCUUGUGGUUUGUUUUGGUUUGUCAGGUUCCACUUCACUCCCUGACCUUUUUUAAAAUGUCAGUUAAAAGCAUAUGUACAAUAUUAGUCCCAUGACAGGGCGUGUCUCUUUUAUUUUUUUUUUCUUCUCCACUUAGAGCUCACAUUGGUUGCUCUUGUCCCCCUGUAAAAUAUACUGAUUUAAUUAUGAUCAAAACAUUUCGAAGACUUGUUUAAAUUUGCUCUGCUUUUAAUGUCCAUGUUGUCUCCAUGAAUAAAAGUAAAAACUUGUCAA